AAAUCAUCGCGCAAUUAAUAGCCGUUAGUCUGUAGUGGGUUUACACUUGCUCUUAGUUUCUGAAGGUAUCCAGUACCAUUCAGAGGUGCGAUGAGUUGUGGUCCAGGAGGGAACAUGAAAUUAGUAGCAGCUUUUCUGCUUCUACUAGUGGCUGUUGCAGAAGUGUGUGCAAAAUGUCCGUCUGGAUUCUUCGAAUGCAGUAACGGCGCCUGCAUAAGGGAAGCAAAGCACUGCGACCGUAAGAAAGAUUGCCCCGAUGGAGCUGAUGAGCUGCACUGUGAUGACAUAAACUGUGAGGCUCCAUUAUACUGGAAGUGUGAAGAUGGUAGAUGCAUACAGACCAAAUUCAAGUGUGAUGGGAACAAUGAUUGUGGAGACUGGUCAGAUGAAAAGGACUGUAAUGCAUCUAAGGUAUCUGAUGUGCAAAAGGUCUGCAGUGAUGAAGAUUUUGCAUGUGGGGAUGGCACCUGCAUUCCAGAUAACUGGGUGUGUGAUGGCCUCAAGGACUGCCAGAAUGGCAAUGAUGAAGUUUUGGGCUGCUCUAAAAAGUUGGAUUGUGGCGAAGACUUCCUGUGCUCCAACCACCACUGCAUUCCGAAGGCUUGGGAGUGUGAUGGCAACAAUGACUGUGGGGACAACAGUGAUGAAGUAAACUGUAAGCCAAAAGAUGCUACUGAGGGCUGCACAUUGGACAAGAACUUGUUCAGUUGUCAUGACAAGUUGAAAUGUGUAGAAGUUGCCGAAGUCUGUGACGGAACCCCGCACUGCUUGGAUGGUUCGGAUGAAGGUCCCAUGUGCCAGAAAAGUAAAGCAUUGUGCCCCAACCAGGGAUGCAGCUUCAGGUGCCAACCAACACCCAGUGGACCUGUCUGUGUCUGCCCGAUGGGUUUCAACCUGGUAAAUGAAAAGUAUUGCUCAGACAUUGACGAGUGCAAGAUGUAUGGCAUAUGCUCCCAGAAGUGCAGAAAUACACACGGCAGCUAUGAGUGUUUCUGUGACCAGGGCUACACCUUGCAAAGUGAUAACCACACUUGCACUGUUAAUGAAGGAGAAGCUGUCUUGCUGUUUUCAACAAAGACUGAAGUUCGGGUUUACUUCAUGCGGAAUGAGGUGUACAGGUUGGUGGCAGAUGGGCAGCAGCAUGUGGCCGGAGUAGCUUACGAUGGAUUGUACGUCUACUGGACGAGUGUCCGCAACGGAGAGGAGGCCAUUGUCCGGAGCAACCACGAUGGCUCCAUUACUGAUGUGCUCGUGUCUUCAGGCUUGAGUCUCCCAGAAGACCUGGCAUUGGACCUCAUAACAGGCAACAUCUACUUCACUGAUGGUGAAGAGAGCUACAUUGGAGUCUGCACGAAAACUGGGACAGAAUGCACUGUGCUUGUGAAUGAGGAUGUCCAGAAGCCCCGAGGAAUAGCUCUCCUGACACAGAAUGGGUCAAUGUACUGGUCUGACUGGGGCAAGAACCCGAAAAUUGCGACAGCUGGCAUGGAUGGAUCCUCUCCACGGCCCUUCGUGGUUGGUGUGCACUGGCCCAAUGGAAUAACCAUAGACAUUGGCAACGAGCGCUUGUACUGGGUUGAUGCCAAGCUGCAGUCAAUAGAAUCCGUCAACUUGGAUGGCAGUGAUCGCAGGGUAAUUUUGGAAACGGCUGUGAAGCACCCAUUCUCGAUCGCAGUCUUCGAGAACACCCUGUACUGGUCGGACUGGGAAGACCAGCAGAUCGCCUCGUGUCACAAGUUUACAGGAAAGAACUACAGAGUCAUGUUGCGGUCACUCAAAAGCCACAUUUACGGAAUAAAAGUCUACCACCCUGCCCUCCAUCCCUCGAUGGAGAAUCCCUGCAAAGAUGCUGGCUGCAGUGAUAUUUGUAUGCUGGCCCCUAACUCAUCGUACACAUGUGCCUGCCCCGUGGACAAAGAACUUGGUUUUGAUCAGCAUUCAUGCAGAGCUAUGCUGAAGAAGGAAGUGGUGGUGGCAGUGGCUGGGAGCCACAUAAUCCAGGUGGAGCACCGGCUGCUGGGCCGGCAGACCCAGUCUGUCAUGUUGGCCAAGAGUGUCCGCCAUGUUGAUGCGGUUGUCUACAGCUCUGUGGAUGACAUGCUGAUACUGAGUGAGAGUGAAGAGAAGAAAUUGUUCUCAAUGGCGAUGUCCACUAAUGUAAUCAGACCACUCCUCGAGAAAGGAAUUGGGAAGAUCAUGAGCCUGUCAUAUGAUGCAUAUGGUAACAACGUGUACUGGAGUGAUUCAGAGCUUGCAACAGUGAAUGCAAUGAGCAUGAACACCAAAACAGUGGCUGUGUUGUUGAGAAGCACGGGGGCCGAACCGCCACUGAGUCUGGCUGUUGUCCCAGAUCAGGGGUACAUGUUUGUGGCAUUUGGCUCAUCUUCACAUGUGCAUGUGGACAAGAUCCUGAUGGACGGUUCUGGACAGCGUGUCCAUGUGCUGGAGGAAGUGUCAGGGCCCUAUGUCUCUCUCUGGUACGACAGCAACCUGGACAGAGUCUUUGUGGCAGAUUCAGGGACGAACGCCAUAGGAAGUCUUGCCUCUGAUGGUAUUGACCACCACGUCUUCAAGAAGCUGUCAGGAUCUCCGACAUCAGUAACUGCUCUGGGACAGGAUCUGUUCUGGACUAUCCACGGCCAGCGCAGCUUGUACUGGGCUAACAAAUUCGAUGGUGCUUCCAAAGUGAAGAAGAUUGACCUUAUGGCUGGGGACGACACAUACCACAUAGUGCUGACAGCUGUGAGGGGAGUGGCGCUGCUGCCGAACCACCCGUGCCACCAGGGGAAUGGAGGCUGCAGCCACCUUUGCCUGAUGAGGGGACAGAAGCAGGUGUGUGGCUGUCCCGAGGGCAUGUUGCUGCAGGGUAACAUGACGUGCAUCGUGCCGGUAGGGUGCAGGGCAGAAGAGUUCCGCUGCGAGCAUGACAAGCGGUGCAUACCUUCCUCACGCAGAUGCAAUGGUGUAAAUGACUGCCCAAGUGGAGAGGAUGAGAAAAACUGUGUGGUGUGCCGGGAGCACGAGUUUGCCUGCAGCAAUGGGCAGUGUGUUUCCCUGGAAGGGAAGUGUGAUGGCAUCGUGCAGUGCUCAGAUGGGUCAGACGAGCGGGACUGCGAAGUUGGGAUGUGUGACACAGAGACAGACUUUGAGUGUCGAAAUGGAAGGUGUGUAGCACAGAGCUUACGGUGUGACCUAACAGAUGACUGUCAUGAUGGCUCUGAUGAAGAAAACUGUGACAUAGUUAAAUGUGGAGAAUCGGAGUUCAGAUGCCGUUCCGGAGCCUGUAUACCGGGCACGUGGGAAUGUGACGGGGAAGUGAAUUGCCCAGACUCGACAGAUGAACAUGACAAUUGCACGACAGCUACCUGUGGUCCCGAUGACUUCUCCUGCAGUAAUGGACACUGCUUGGACAAGCAGCUGGUGUGUAACCUGGUAGACGACUGCGGCGACGACUCGGAUGAGAGUGAUUGUCAGCAGUCGGGUGCGAUAAAUGGAAGUGUCACCUGCAGUGAGGCAGAGUUCAGUUGCUGGUCUCGGCAGGGGCUGUGUGUUCCUCUGGGGCAGAGGUGUGAUGGCAAGGCAGACUGUCCAAAGGCAGAAGACGAGCGGGACUGUGCAUGUGCUGCAGAUGAGUUUGAAUGUAAGAAUGGAAAGUGCAUCUCGACCAGCUGGCUGUGUGACCAGAGGGACGACUGUGGGGAUGCCUCAGAUGAGGAUCCCAGCAGGUGCAUCAGUCUGCAUACGGGGGAAGAAGAAAAAGCUGUGUGCAAAGGAUUUGAAUGUGAUGCUGGUAAAUGUUUAGAGUUGGAACAGCUUUGUGAUGGCAACAGAGACUGUGAAGAUGGCAGUGAUGAAGGUGGCAAAUGUGGCAAGGCGUGUGUGGGGCACCCCUGCGACGGGGAGUGUCAGGCGACCCCGGCAGGCCCACACUGCUACUGCGGGGCCGGCUACGAGCUCGGGCAGGACGGAAAGAGCUGCCACGACGUGGACGAGUGUCGGGUGCGGCCCCCGGUCUGCUCGCAGGUCUGCGCCAACAACCCGGGUGGCUUCUCUUGCAGCUGUGUCGGUGGCUUCGUGCUCCGCAUCGAUAGGACGUCCUGCAAGGCGACAGGGCCUGCCAUGGAGUACAUGUUGGUGACGGGAGGAGGCCAGAUCAGGAAGGUGUCGCAGUCUCUGGCCAGUGUGGAUGUAGUGCACAAGCACCACUUCCUGAGGGUCACAGGUCUGGACGUCGAUGCCAGGGAGUACACCGUCUGCUGGAGCACUCGGGAAACGGCGACAAUUUACUGCCAGUCACUGAAGACCCACAACAGGACCUACGUGGAGGGGGUAGGUAACCCGACGGAGGUGGCAGUAGACUGGAUCACAAAGAACAUCUACUACGUGAAUGAUGUGCCAGCUGGGCAAAGUGACAUACAGGUGUGCCACCUGACAGAGAAGCUGUGUGCUGUUGUGGUGCCAGCUAUAAGUGGCAGUAGGAUUGGCAACAUUGCAGUUGAUCCACUUGCUGGAUAUCUGUUUUGGACCGAAAUGAGCGCUUUAGUAGAAAAAGGAGAGGCCGGCAGCAUCAGGAGGGCAGACCUUGCCGGAGGCAGCAGGACGGUUCUGGUGCAGUCGGGUCUGGGGUCGCUGAGUGGCCUGGCGUUAGACACAGUUCGGCGCACAGUCUACUGGGCGGAUGCCUCCUUCCAGGUCGUCGAGUCAGCAACGUACGACGGCGAAGAGAGGACGGCCGAGUUCACGUCGGAGGUAAAGAGACCCAAAAGACUUGUGCUGUUUGAGGACAAGCUGUACUGGUUGCCAGAGCAUUCGGGCUUUCUGAUGCAAUGCAAGUUAUUCACAAAGGGACAGAGGUGUCGGAGCAUCCACAUAAAUGUCUACGACGGAGACUACCUGACCAUCAUGCAAGAGUCACGCCAGAGAGCUGGUGUAAACCCCUGUGAGCAUCACCGCUGCUCCCACAUGUGCGCAAUAACUCCUCGAGGGGCCAAGUGCUUAUGUGCCGACGGGCAGAUCGUAGGUGAAAACAUCCGCUGCAAGAAUGAGGGUGCAAAGGUCUCGGAGCCACGAUUCGUCCUCCCAGGAAUUGUGGAUGGUUUGAAAACCGCUACAGUGGCUGACCAGCCGAGCAGUGUGUCUGAGGGGACAAACACCACCUCUGUGGUGAUAGCGCUUGUGAUUGUGCUGGUGGUGGUGUGCCUGGCAGCUGUUGUUUACUACAUAUACAGGAGGCAGCUGGUCACAUUCAGGGACUUGGACCUCAGGAUACGCUUCCAGAAAUCUGGAUUUACUGCUAGCAGGCUGCCUAAAUCUUCAAAAAGUGUCAGAGCUUCUGGUUCUGCUGAACAAGAGUUCGUUAAUCUAGUAGAGGAAGAAUUCAUCUCUAAUGGUGCAGGUCAAGAGUGAAUGUGUCAUAUUGCUAUUUCAAAGUUAGUUGAAAAAAUGUACAUUUGUUUAACAUGAUCUCUCAUUGUUUUGGUUUUUUGCUUUGUUAAAACCCUACAGACCUCUGUAAAUGAGUAUUCGUGAAAAUAAUGUAACAAAAGCAAAAUAAAGUUUGCAAUAAACAAGUGAUAAAGAUCUGAA